AUUUUCAUUGGUCGAACUUGUCGAACAGACGCCAUAUUGUUACACGGCUUCUCAGUUUCGUUUCCCCAUUUUCAUUUCAUUCUGGAUGUUGAAAAGUGUGUCAAACUGAUUUUUUUUCAUUUUUAGGUUUAUAUUCUAAUUAGUUUCUACUAUGGAGAGUAGAGGUCGAGGGCGAGCAAGGGGCAGAGCCAGAGGCGCGCCUCAACAACAGCAACAAGGACAAGGUGGUCCACGUCCAGGCCCGCCCCAACAGCAGCCAGGUGCAUGGGGAGCAGCUAGAUUUGGGCCCCCUUCUCAAGCACCGCCAGGUGCCUGGGGUGGUCGAGCACCACCUCCAUCACAGCAGCCGCCGGCAGCAGCUCAAAGUACAUGGGGUGUCAGGCCUCCACCUCCCGAAACUCUUCCUCAGCAAUCUGUAGGCAGAGGAUCAAGACUGGGGGGCGGUGAUGAAAGACAUGUGUCUAGUGAAAGUAGCCAUGGAGGUCGUGUGGCUCAAGGAGGUGAUACGGGAGUUGAGGAAAAACGUGGCGGUGGUAAUGGAAAUGUUCGUGGACGUACCGAUCGUAAUGAAGUUAUCAAUACAAGACCGACAACCUGUAAAACUAAAAAGGGUACGGACGGCACUACUAUUAAACUGAAGGCCAAUUAUUUCCCUCUGAUAAAUACGGCCUCUUGGGGUCUUAACCAGUACAGGGUCGAUUUUGUACCAGAAACAGACGAUACUCGUGAAAAAAGAGCUCUUGUGAGAAGAGCUUUUGCUAAUAUUUUAAUCACUGGCUACAUAUUCGAUGGUACAAACUUAUACACUCCUUCAAAAUUGCAUCCCGACCCAUUGGAAUUAGUUUCUGCUAACGACAAGGAAGAGCAGUAUAGAAUUUCCGCUCGUUUAGUGGGAGAAGUAAAAUUGGGCGAUUACCACUACUUCCAGCUGUUCAACUUGGUUGUAAGAAGGUGCCUAGAAGCAAUGGACUUUAAACUGAUUGGCCGAGAUUACUACGAUCCCAAACUGAAGAUCACGGUCCACGAACAUAACUUAGAAUUAUGGCCCGGCUUUGAGACUUCAAUGAGACAAUACGACGCCGGUAUCAUGUUAACUGUCGAUUUAAAAUUUAAGAUGCUGAGGAUGGAUAAUGUGUAUGACCUUUUGUUGGAGUGUAGUCAAAAGUCGAAGAACCCGAAAGUUGAGUUCCAACAACGUGUAAUUGGCAGUAUCGUAAUGACGUAUUAUAAUAAUAAAACUUAUCGUAUUGAUGACGUGGCAUUUGAUCAGACGCCAAACAGUACCUUUAAGAAAAGGGAUGGUUCUGAAAUAAGUUACCGUAAGUACUUCGAAGAGAGAUACAAGGUGAAAAUCACUGUUCCUAAUCAACCAAUGCUGGUAUCUCGUAGUAAACCUCGUGAAAUAAGGGCUGGUAUGCCUGAGGUUGUUAUAUUGGUACCACAGUUGUGUACCAUGACUGGGCUUACAGACAAGCAAAGAGAAAACUUCCAUUUGAUGAAGGCCUUAGGAGAACAUACAAGAGUCAAUCCAUCAGGUCGUAUGAAGAAACUUAGAGAAUUCAGUCAAAGGUUACUACAGUGUCCCAAAGCUGUUGAGGAGCUGAAACGUUGGGACUUGCAGUUAGCUCAGGACAUCGUGGAAUUCAACGGUCGCGUUUUGCCUCAGGAAUCGGUGUAUAUCGGCAAAUCGCAAGCGAUUCCAUCAGGACCGAAAGCUGAUUGGACCCAGGGUCUUAGAUCAGCACCUUUAUUUAAUUCUACUCCCUUGGAAAGGUUGGCUGUUGUGUGUCCCUCUCGCCUGAAGCAGCCCACUGCUGAUUUCGUCCAGAGCAUCCAACAAGUGUCUCGAGGUAUGAAUUUCCAAGUAGGUCAGUUCAAAAUAUUUGAUCUGGGUGACGACCGCGCCCAAUCCUACUUGGAUACUCUCGAGCAUAUAAUUUCUAAUUUGGGUCCUAAAAUGGUCUUUGUCGUUCUUGCAAAUAACUCUUCUGACAAGUACUCUGCAGUAAAGAAGAAGUGCUAUGUAGACAGAGCCAUGCCCUGUCAGGUUGCUUUGGGAAAAAAUGUACAGAAGAAUAAUAAAUCUGUAGCCACUAAAAUCGCCAUCCAAAUGAAUUGCAAGCUUGGAGGUGCUCCUUGGGGCAUGACCAUGCCUAAAAAUAUAAUGGUUGUGGGUUACGACGUUUGUCGUGAUACAGCUAUGAGAUCAAAGAGUUUCUCUGGAAUGGUCGCUACAAUGGACCAGGCUUGCUCUUCAUAUUUCAGCAUGUCUGUUGAGCACGAAUUUGAACAAGAAAUGAGCAGCAAUAUUGCUACAUUUAUCAUGCUGGCUUGCAAGGAAUAUCAAACUAAAAAUGGAGUGAUCCCAGAAAGAAUUAUAAUCUAUCGUGAUGGUGUUGGUGACGGCCAAAUCCAAUAUGUCAAAGAGCACGAAGUGGAAAUGAUAAAAGAAAAAUUGGGCGCCGAGCUAUACGCAAAUCAGCCUUUAAAAAUGGCUUUUAUUGUGGUGUCCAAGAGGAUCAACACGAAAUUGUUCACAGCACAGCCUGGAGGUGACCGAGGCGAUUUUAACCCACCCCCUGGCACAGUUGUAGACGAUGUGGUAACCCUACCUUACAGGUAUGACUUUUUCUUGAUUUCGCAGUGCGUUAACCAGGGCACAGUGGCGCCUACCAGUUACAAUAUUAUUGAUGAUAAUUUGGGCAUAGACCCGAACAGGAUCCAACGAUUCACAUACAAAUUAACUCAUAUGUAUUAUAAUUGGUCUGGUACAAUUCGCGUACCAGCCCCAUGCCAGUAUGCCCAUAAGUUGGCCUUUAUGACUGCCCAGUAUUUGCACAGGUCAGCCAGUGCCGGCUUAAAUAAAACUUUAUUUUUCAUUUAAGUGGAUAUUGCAGAGAUAAAAAAGGGUAUUGAAUGUUUUGUAAAUGUUUUAUAUAUAUAUAUAUAGAUCUGAUGUACAAUCAGUAGCAAUCUACUGAAUUUAAAGAAAUAAUUUUCCAUUUUUUCAACAACUUCGUUUAUCAAGACUUAAGAUUUCGUUUUUGUUGUAUUUCCUAUUUCAUUUUAUCCUAACUUAACUAUAAUUUGACCCUUUUUUCUCGCGUUUUGUUUCAAAGAUUUCCUUUGUAUUUUCAUAUAACUUUUGUUUAUUUUUUCGCUUAGUUUUUUAUGUUACAAAGAUUAUUUUUUGUCUUGUAGUUUCUAAAACAGUUUUACUACUUAAUGACUGUGUUUAUAAUGUUAAAGAGCUUAUGUUUAAGUUUUAUUCAGGGUACUGAAUGAACAGUUGUAUUUAG